AUGCCAUUGCUCAGGCAGAAUGCAAUUGAGGGCGACGAGGGAGCGGACGCCCUCAGCGACGCGUUCCUGCGAAUGCAGGAGGCUCUGCGUGGGCGGGAGCAGAACGUGCAGGAGGUCUUGCGGCGCGUCGAAGAGUCGGCGGCGGCUGCGUUGCAGGCGGCCUUGGGGCAGGUGGAGCAGAAGCUGCAGCAGAGGGACGAGGCGAUUCGCGGCUUGGAAGCGCGCAUGCGGACGCUGGAGGGCAGAAUGACCGCUGCGGAGGGCCGACUCGCGCCCUUCACCGAACGAGGAGGCGCCAAAGACGCCGGAGACGGGAAGUCGCUGGAGCAGUUGGAGCAUCGCAUGACGAACUUGGAGGCUGCCAUUCAGCGAGCGCUGGCCAGCGUCUUCCCGCGCGUGGAGUCGCUGGUGGAAAAGUUGGAGAAAUCGCCACCAGGCGCGACUGGGACUCCAUCCGCGGCUCCCGCUGCACCCUCCCUCUCCCGAACCCCCUGUUCAUUCAGCGUCGCCCCCGCCACCGGCACCGGCCGUUCGUCGUCGCAUGCAGAGACGUGGGUAGGCGCUCCGGUGGGGCACAAUCGUAGGCCAUCCGAAGCGGACGAGGAGGAAGAGCGCGAAAAGCAGGAAGUGAUGGCGCGAAUGCAGGAGUUAAAGGCUAGGAGAAUCAAGGCACGAAUGUCUCCUGCCUUGCUAGGUGAGAAGUUGUGUCAGGCGGCGUUUAUUGGAAGGCUGGAAGACGUCCGCCGUCUCACAAACACCGAAACUUACAUCAAUUACAUCGACAAAGAAGGAGACUCUCCCUUGAUUUCUGCUCUUCUAAGUAAAUCGCCCAAUACAAGGGUCGUGUCGUUAAUUCUGGAAAGAGGAGCCGAUGUGAACGCCAUCAACGACCAAGGAAGAGCCGCCAUUCACUACGCCGCUGCGUGCGAUAGCAAAGGGAGGUCCGUGCGUCUGCUGAUAGGCGCAGGAGCCGACGUGGAUGCCAGAGACGUGACGGGAGCAACUCCUCUCCACUGGGCUGCCUUCAAUGGCAAUGAGACGGCGGUGCGAGCGCUGCUCGCCGCGGGAGCAAAGCGUUAUCGCAGAGGAUGGAGCGAAGAAUGGACAGGCAAGACACCGUUCGACGUCGCGACCUCUGACGGCGUUCGGAUGUUGCUCCGGCAGUGA